GGUCGGGGUACGCUCGCUGUUUGAAUUCAUAAGCGCCAAGUGCCGUCGCUAUUUGGUGAGGUGUCGUUGGCACGUUCUGGUGGUGUUCUUGGACUGGAAUUGAUCUUUGUGGCUUAUAUUGACAUAACGUUUUGUGACUUAACAUUGUCAUUCCAACAUCAUGCGUUCUCGACAAGUACCUGUCUAUUCUGGAAUCUUGUUUUUGUCGUGUGUCUGGAUACAUGGAGUGGACAGUACACCUGCAGUAAUUACAGUGAGACGUGGGUAUACUCCAAAUGCAACAGUUACUGCAGGAAGGGAUGCUGUGUUAGUCUGCAAUGGAGAACCAUCAGAAAUAGGCGUCUGGUAUAAAGAUGGUUACAGCUAUUAUAUUGCGUAUAUAUAUGAAUGGUCUGGAAACUGCAAUUUCCGCUCGAACCAAAUACUGCCUCGCCUGGAAUUAGGAAGUUCAGACUGCAGAGAACAUGCUCUCAGGAUCUCAAACAUCAGCAAGAUACAUGAGGGACGGUGGAGGUGUACGAUCAAAAUGGAAGAAAGGGCUGUCAAUGUUCAUGUUGUGGCAUCACCUGCAGAAACAACAACAAGCAGAACCCAGGACUCAGUAAAUCCCCAAACACCAUCUGUGACUUCCAUGACAACCAUCCUAGGUGGAACUGUUGGUGGCGCUCUGGCUCUACUGGCUGUCGUCAUCACCGUCUGCUGCUUACUUCGAUCAAAGAAAGACAAACGAAACAAUGGCUCAGCUCGGGGGCCUGUCAAUGGGGAUCAUAGACAUCAAGAUCCUGAACAAAGAAAAGAUGCUGUGAUGGUGGACAACGUCCUCUAUGACAGUUACGGUGGAGACUAAACACCAGGAUGAGAUGUCCGAGCUGUACAGCCAGGUUCAGAAGCCCCAGAAGAACGGGAAGUGAGACACGAGUUGAAGAUAUACGGCCAUGUCCCAUACAGUGGAGUACCUUUGUAGACUAUACAUGUGAUGUAUCAUUUCCAAAGUUGAUCCUUGUCGUUCCGAUCUUUCAACACCACGUGAUCAGACAAAAAAAGCAAAUGAUUAUUGAAACUUUCUGCUUAAAACAUGACGAGAGAAACGUUUUAAUACAUAUUUUGUAAAAAAAACCCUGUCUAUAGAUAACCCUAUAUUUAUUGUUUCAAUGUUUCUGGCACAGUUCUAGUCAUUUUGUUAACACUCUGUCGUAGGCUAUACAUAGUGAUGUCAUUUUGUUAACACUUUGCUGUGUUUUAGACACAGUGUUGUCAAUU